AUGCUUCAACGCCUUUCCCACAGAGCUCACUCGUUGUCUCCAGUCAUCAAAAGAGGCUUCUUUCAUCAUUCAUGGGAACCGGCACUGCCCGUACGCUCGCUCAGACGACACGCCGAUUUGAUGGAAAGGGAAUUUGAAAGAGCUUUCGUCAAUCCUUUCUUCGCAACUUUUCGCCCAUAUCGCCUCGAGAAUCCACUCGAAACGGAGCAAUAUCGCCUCACGAAUCCAAUCGUUGAAGAGAAUGGAAAUCAAUUCCUGAAGUUGGCUUUUGAUGUGAGAAGAUUUAAACCAGAAGAGGUCUCGAUCUCGACGAAUUCAAAAGAUCGCACAAUCACGAUCGAGGCUAAACACGAAGAUGAAACCUCGCAAAUCUCGUUCACGAAAAAGUUCAUGAUUCCGGAAGGUGUCACGGUGAAUGAAAUGACAUGUCGUUACGAUGAAGAUGGCGUGUUGAAUCUAAAAGCUCCAUACGUUGCGCCGAAAGUCGAAACAAAAACCAUUGAGAAACCGGAACCAAAAGAGAUUCCAAUUAAACAUGAA